AAAGCGGUGGAUGAGUUUCUGAAAGAGAAAGAGAAGAAUGACGCCGGACAACGACUGACGAAGAAUCCAUGACAUUUCUCGAAGCUCUUUUUAAUUCGUAUUAAUUCAAACAAACCAGUGCUUUCCCGGUAAAGCCAUGGAACCAUCGCUAACCGGCAACUCCUCCACCCCAAAACUCAGCCCCUCCUCGACCCCCGCCGCCCUCAGGUCGGGCCUCUCCUCACCCAGCUCUUCAGCUACCACGGCCUCACCAGCCUCAAACCGGCCUUCGCCUAAACACACCAUGCCAACGCCUCCGGCCACACCCUCGCCCACUUCUUCCACCGCCCCCCCUCGGACCACCCCAGGUCUUUCUUCCCGCUCCUCCUCCCUGUCCACGCCGCCCGCCUCGCCCCUCCGCCAGCCCCCCAGGAGCCUCUCUCAGGCGGGCAGAUCUCAGCUCAACGCAGCCACUCCAGUGGAUCACAGAACUGGAUCCUCAGCAGCUGCCCCGGCUCCUCAGACUCCUCCCACACACGAACCAGAGGAGCCAGAGGAGGAGGUGAGUUUUGAAGACCUGGAGGAGAGAGCAAAGUCAGGAGACGCUAAAGCACAAACCAAGAUGGGGCGAUACUUCCUGGUCCUCGCAGAAGAAAGAGACGAGGAGCUGAACAACUGCACAGCGGUCACAUGGUUGGUCCAGGCUGCUAAACAAGGCCGCAGGGACGCCGUCAAACUGCUGCAGCAGUGCUUAGCCUCAAGGAAAGGCAUCACUUUGGAGAACUAUGAGGAGAUGAAGAAGCUGUGCACGGAGACACGUUUUGAGAGAGGAGUCAGGAAGGCGGCUCUGCUCAUGUACUGGAAGUUGAAUCCAGAGAAGAAGAGGUCGGUGGCCAUUUCUGAGAUGCUAGAGAACGUUGAACACGUGCACACAGAGCCAGGGAAACCAGUCUCCCCUGGUCCACUCAACAGCUCUGCCAAGAAACAGAGGAGAGUCCUGGAGACAAUGGUCACCAGUGAGGCCAAUUCCCAUGUCGGUCUAGAUGAUUUUGUGGAGAUGACUAAGAAGUAUGCUCGGGGUAUUUCACCUUCACCAGUCAUGGCCACUGCUGGAGGCGAUGAUGAAGACGACGAUGGUUUCAUCGUGAAACAUCCAGACGAGUUGCCCCUGCACCAGAAGCUGCUGAAGUUCCCUCUGUACGCCCUGCUGGAGAUCAAGGAGCACCUGAUCGACUGGGCGUCCCGUGCUGGCAUGCAGUGGCUCAGCGCCCUGAUCCCCACCCACCACGUCAACGCUCUCAUCUUCUUCUUCAUUAUCUCCAACCUCACCAUCGAGUUCUUCGUCUUCCUCAUCCCUCUGCUGGUUUUCUACCUCUCCUUCUUCUCCAUGGUCAUCUGUACCCUGCGGGUGUUUCAGAAUUCAAAAGCCUGGGAGAACUUCCGGGCUCUGACAGACCUGCUGGCUCACUUUGAACCAGGUCUGGAUUUGGAGCAGGCCGAGACCAACUUUGGAUCGACACACUUGGAGCCAUAUCUGUACUUCCUCCUCUCCGUCAUCUUUGUGGUUUUCUCCUUCCCUGUUGCUGAUAAAUCCUGGAUCCCCUGCUCAGAGAUGGCCGCCGUCGCUUUCUUCUUCACGGUCACCGCCUUCCUCAGCCUCCACGCCUCGGCUCAGCUCUUUGCUCGGAAAGCCUUCUUCACAGAAGUCCUGUCUGGUGCCUGCUCCCUCACCCACUUCCUGCCGGACUCUCUCUGGUUCCUCAGGGUCUUAGGGGUGACCAUCCUCAGGGUGCCUCUAGGGGACAUCUUGGUGUUAAACCUGGGGAUUCCGUGCCUGCUAUACGGACACCUCUUCUACCUCUUCUUCCGCAUGGCCCAGCUGAGAGGCUUCAAGGGCACCUACCUGUGCCUGGUGCCGUACAUGGUCUGCUUCACCUGGUGCGAGCUCUGCUUGGUCUUCCUCAAUAAUGCCUCUGCAAUAGGACUCAUCCGCACCUGCGUUGGCUACUUCCUCUUCCUGUUCGCCCUCCCUGUUCUCUCGCUGGGCCUGGCCGCCAUGCUCAUCAUCCAGUUGCUGCAGUGGUUCCUCGCCCUGGAGCUGACCAAGAUGGUGGUCACGUUGACCAUCUGCUUCGUGCCGGUCGUGUUGAGGCUUUGGACUCGCUUCAGCCUCAACCCCAUCGUGGUUUUCCGUUCGUUGUCCCGGAGCAGCAUCGUCAAGCUCAUCCUGGUGUGGCUCAGCGCGCUGGUGCUCUUCUGCUGGAUGUACGUCUACAGGUCUGAAGGCAUGAAGGUGUAUAACUCCACCCUGACGUGGCCUGAGUACAGCAACCUGUGCGGCCCUAUUGCCUGGAAAGAGUCCAACAUGGCCCAAACUCAGAUCCUCUGCUCUCACCUGGAGGGACAUCACGUCACCUGGACCGGACGCUUCAAAUACGUCCGCGUGACCGACAUCGAGAAUGGUCCUCAUUCAGUUAUCAACAUGCUGCCUGUGGUUGUGGGGGACUGGAUGCGGUGCCUGUAUGGUGAACCGUAUCCUUUGUGUGAGGAGGUUAAAAAAGCCACCCCUGAGUCCCAGCCUCUGCCCGCCCCGGCCCCUCCCACCGAAGACCCCCUCUGUAAACUCAAAAAACUGGCCAAGCACGAAUGCCACAUCAAACACUUUGAUCGCUACAAGUUCGAAGUCACGAUGGGCAUGCCGCUGGAGAGGAAGACGAAGAACGGGACGAUCAUAGAGGACGAAGACGCCACUAAGGACAUAGUCCUGAGGGCGAGUAGUGAGUUUAAAUCGGUGCUUUUACACCUGAACACAGGAAGCCUGGUGGAGUUCAGUACCGUCCUGGAGGGGCGAUUAGGCUCCAAAUGGCCCGUGUUUGAACUGAAAGCCAUCCACUGCCUGUCCUGCGGGGGCGCCAGCGUGCCCCGCCGCAGGCAGUACAAGAUCGAACACGACUGGAGGCGCACGACUCAGAACGCCCUGCAGUUUGGCUUUGACUUCUUCUUCAACCCCUUCCUCACUGCUCAGCUGGAGCAACACUCGGAGGCAGAGGCCGAAACAGAGACUGAGACAGAGACAGGAUAGAGGAAGAAACGUCUGGCAGGAAGACCUCCGGGAGAAAAAUAAUAACGGAUGCCGAGGCGUGUCAUAAAAUGUGUGCAAUGAAAAUACUGUCUGCAGUGAAAGAACAUUGACGAUUAUACAUCUCUUGACAGAAUGUGAUUGCAAUAUUGUUGGAUAGUUACUGUAGCAGAGUGGAAGGAUACUCAGAUAUUUAUCUCAUCUGUACAGAGCGAGUGUGUGUUUGAUUUCUUUUAACUCUUAAGCCAAAAUGUGUGAGACUACAUAUAAUAAUGAAAUUAACAUAGGAUAGAAGCUAAUGGGCUUUUGAAGUAAAUCACUGCUUAACACUAAAGUAAGAAAUCUAUGAUCCAGACGUCCUCAGCUGGAGGCAGUUGUGUGUUUCAUAUUAACAUUACAUCCCAUUUAAGCUGCACAUGUGAUUAAUUGUAAUGGUGUUUGUGUUCUAUACAAACACUUUGUCUGCUGCACCUCAUUUCAUGUGUGUUGAUCAUUUCCUUUGUUGUGUCUGUGACGUGUCCAGUGUGUAAUCUGGUACUUGCUGGUACUGGAAAUAACUGUUAAGUGCCUCAUAAGACCGUCUCAUUUCCACAGUAGUUUGGGAGAGAAGAGAUUAAAUCACGUCUUUAAGCUUCUACAUCUCAAGACGUUCACCUGUGUAUUUAUUACAGAGCAGUUAUUCAUGUUUUUCUCUUCCCUCUGUUUGUCUCCAUCUCUGCUGUGCAGUGAUGACUUGUUUUUAAAGUAGGAUGUCACUACUGUUCUCUGUACUGUGACCCAUAAAUAUGAUGAAAGCA